AAUGCAUUCCGUUCAUCGUAUUACCGAGACGCUGGCUGGUUGCUAUGACUGAUGUUUUAUGUUAUUUUUUGAGAAUUAGAGAUGAACUUUCAGUCUUACACUAACUUAUUGGAUGGAGAGUAAGGAGAGGCUAUUGAUGAUAUCAAAUUCCUGGACGUCUUUUGACAGCUGCUAGCAUGGGUCACGGGGCUAGUACCAAUGUGAAGAAGGUUGCCCUAAUCAAAGAUCAAGGGCCAGAGGACUCUGAUGAAUCCAGACCAGUAUGGACAAGAUCAAACUCAGAUGGCUGCAUCGUAGAGAAUCUGAAUUCCAGUAAAACCAAGGUAGAUUUACUAGAUCAACAGGUCUCUGAGUAUAAAGAAUUAUUCAGGACAUCAGAGCUUAAAUUAGAAGAAACAGUGGACAGAGCCAAUACUCUAGAAAAACAGCUUGCGGAAGUAGAAGGAGUAAACUUUGAGCUGACGGACACAGUAAGUGAUCUUCAGCAGCAACUAGAGUCUCUUCAAGCUAACUCCGGGUCAGAGGUCAACAGACAGCUAGAGGAGGAAUUGACUACUAGCAUUCAGCAAGUUGAGAAGUUGGAGAUGCAUGUUAAAUUAUUAGAAGAGCAAAUGGCUAGCAUGCGUUCUAAGUUUCGUAAGAAGUUGAGGGCAGCAAACACAGAGGUGACAGAGUCUAAACAGGAUGCAUCUCUCAAACUGUACAGUCUUAAAGAUCAGAUUAAACAGCUCGAGGAAGAGAACCUUAAACUUACAGAACGACUUGAUCUAGCCAACAGUAGACCUAGCAAGACGGAGCUAUCAUCAAACCAGACAGGGGGUGAUGAUUCCAGGAUGAUGGUCAUUCUCGAGUUGUCCAACCAAGUGUCUGCUCAAGAAGAUCAAAUCAUCCAGCUACAAGAGCAGCUGCAAGAGAAAGACAAAACCAUCAAGGAACUAACCAAUCAUCUUGAUCAUGUGAGGACAGUGAGUCAAGCUCUAAGUGAAUUGGGUAGCAGGCCACCAAGUGGAGCCACCACUAGGCCAUUGAGUGGAAGGAGUCAGCAGCAAUCUUCAAGGAGUGGACAUGUGGAGGCUAGGAAAGGUAGUGAAAGAUCAGUGAGGUCAGGAAAAUCAUCUGAAGGUAUUCAGGGUGAUGAACUAGAUGUACAUGUACAUGUAGGUGAUCAUCAAGAAGUCAUCGGGAGACAUGUCUCUGGUAGUACUGUUGGUGAAUGUGAUGAUAUUCCCAGAGAUAAGGAAAGGACUUCAUCUGGUAAAUCGGGCAGGAGACAAAGCUCAUCUCAAGAGAGAAGGAAGAGUGGCAAUCAGGAUGAAAGGACACGUGGUGGUGGAAGGAGAUAUUCUGAAAGGUCUAGCAGUGCAGACGUCAAGGAGGUUAGAGGUCAUAGGAGGAAAAAAAGUACUUCUGGAAGUCAACCAAACGAUGCUUCCGCUGCUGAACUACCUAAUGAUGGCUUUGUAGCUGAAGGGAAUUCAAACACCCACAGUGCAUAUGCGGACACUACUGAGAACUUGACAAGGGAUCAGAUCAGAAUAAACUCGGCAGGAAGCCAGGAUUCUGCUUUCCAUGAAAGCCCAUUGGAAGGGACAAAGAGCGCGCCCUCUAGUGCUGGGACAAGUCGGCACCGUCGAAGAUUGAAGGCGGCUCAGCAACGGGCCUCAUCACUUGAAACAAUAGACCAUAGUGGCUUAACAUCUCCCAAACCACCACUAAAACCCGAAACAAACCUGUAUGAGCAGGACUUGGGGGUUGGUAAUGACUUAGGUCCAGCGUCAAGUAGAUCUACGUGUACAAAGGAAUGUGAUCAGGAUUUGGACGACCUGUUACAAGAACUCAUGAGUGAUGAAGGCUCUAAGGACACAGGGUGGAAGAAAAAUUCAAAUUCAAAUCAUGGGUUUGGGGUUUCAGAAGAAAAAAUUCGGAGCUUGCUAUCUGAUAGUGCGUCCUGAUGAGACCCUAGUUUGCUCAUUGGAUGUGCUAACCAGCACAAAUAGCCCGCUAUAUAUGGAGUUUGUAUCUGAUCUGAAAUAGGAGAAAUGACAACCAAUUGAUACAUGUAACCAGGGAUGUGAGAGGCACAUCCCUGAUGUAACUACAGUGAUUGUCAAGAGGUUUGUUUUUUUAAUACAUUUUUACAACCUUUUUUCUUUUGCACCUUGAUGGGUGGACCAUCAUUUUUUUUCUUUUUUUUUCUUUUUUUAUAAAUGUGGUACAUACUGAUUUGUAAUUUUCAGAGUCUAUCAAUUUGGGUCACCUAACAUAUUACAUCAACAUGAAAACACAGAAAGCAUUGGUGUACUGGGGAAUACAUAUAUAUUUUAUUUGGGGUUUUAUAUAUGUACACUAGACUAUGCAUAAUUUGACCCUCCAUUUACAUGUAUCAAAUAAUCACCUAACUGGAAGCAUCAUUUCAAACCAGACUAUGAAAAAAAUGUGCUAAUUACUUGUUCUAAGUUGAAGUUAACCAAAGUCAAACAUAUUUCAGUGAUCCCUGGAAAUUUGGCUUAGGCAGUCUGUAAGUGGCAACCAAAUUGUUAAUUUGAUUUGAGGGUAGGAAACAGACUGAAUAUUGCAUCCAUCAAACCCGACUCCCAUUUUAUUAAUGACAUGGAUUUCAGAUCUGCCAGCAUGCAUUAUUAUCAUGGAAUACUUCACUUUGGUUGACAGUUAAGUAUUGUUUCCAUGGUAGCGCUUAUAAAGAUAUUGAAUUAUUAUUUUUAUUCAUUACAAUUCCAAACAAACCACAAGACUGGUUAUUCACGAAGAAGGGUGCCUGUAUGGAUUCUACUGUUCUUAUUAUAGGUCUAAUAAGAAUUGUAGGAAGUCACUCUCAUGAUCCUUUUUAAUGCUUGUUUUUGUCUUGAUUCACUGAAAGACUCCAGCAAAUGUUUAUGAAAUAUAUGUAGUCAUUUUGGCCUGUUUGUCUCUUUACAAAGAGAGUUGCAUUUAAAUGCACUAUGAAAGGCAUCAAUGUAAUCCUAAAGACACUCUUCUGAUUGAUUGAAAAUCAAGUUUUAUUUUGAUUUUUUAAGAUGAGUUGAUUGCAUCUCAGGCCAGCGUGUCCUCAAAUUAAAUUCAAAAUAAUGCUGUUCACACACUGCAUGGCAUGGCUCCCACUUAUCUCAGUGAACCCCUAACACUGAAAUCACCCACCCAGUCCUACAGACCAGUCACCCACCUGUUAACACAAAGAUUACACUAGGUGAUGGUGCCUUUGUUAGUGCUGCACUCAAACUCUAGAAUAGUCUCCCUUCCUCUGUAAGAAACACAUGAUCUGUAACCAUGUUCAAAACUAAACUAACAACCUACCUAUUUCAAGAGCGGUUCAAUAAAUAAGUCCUUUUUUGUUAUGUAAUUUGUAGAGAAAGAAGGCUUCUCUUUUCCCAUAAUUAUCACUCAAUAGUAUUUUUUGUUUACUUAUUAACUAUUUCACCUUUUAAGUAUUGUAAUGCUCAGUUGAGUAUCUACAUAUAGAAAUUGUGCAAUUUAAAUGUACAAAAUAUUGUAUUUAUUAUUUUUAUUUUUAUUACUACUACUACUACUAGCACUGACAUACUUAAAAAAAAAUAAACAUGCAAAACCUGCAACAACAAAAAACAGAGUAAAAAUACUCCCACUCUCAUCAGCCCUGAGUUACCCUUGCUGGUGGAGGACUUCAGGGAAUAGAACUACAAGGUACUACUAUUAUUAUCAUAUGUAUUGGUAAGUAAGCAUGGUUAAAUGCAAUCUUGACAUUCAUGAAUAUCAACAUCAACAUAAUACCUUCAUUGUGUUCAUUUAGCUUCUCUUGUUAUUGAUAUAUGGGGGUAGCUACAUGUACACUUUAUAUCUUGUUUGAUUUCUGAUAAUAGAAAGAUAAUGCCUUAUUGAAGAAUCAGUGGUGAACAUUUUAUAAAAGCCACACACAAUCACCCAAAAAAAGUUGUCAGUGUUGUUUACAGUUAGGCAGUUUUGGAUUCCAGUGCUACAGUGCUUUCUAGAGUUGGGUAGAAUUCCUCUUCAUUCAUUUUUCAACAAUUAUGGCUACUUCAGUACAGUUAGGCAAAUUAUAUAGAGACAGGAAUUUCAAUCUGAUUGUAUUAUGUUUAGCAUAUCUGUUGAUCUGUUGAUUAAGUUUAUGAUUGUACUGAUAUAAAUCAUAUUGAUUUGUUUUCCUUUUUAUUCUCAGUUCAUUUCCCCCAAAAUGUGCAGAGUUGUCGCCAUACGGUACAGCAUUACAUACUAAUGAUAUGAAAGAUUUACAUGCAUUUCAUAAUAUCUUAUUUAGCGGACUAUGUAUGCACAAAAUAUUUACUGGGACCUGGGUGGAAUGGAAAUAAUUCAGACAAAAGGAAUAUCCUGGUAAAUUUGAAAAGUAGAGUUUAAUAAAAACAAGCAGUACAGAAAGAAUUUUUCCUGCUUUGAACCCCAAAAUAAUUUUUUGAAAGCUUAAUGAGCACACAUUAAAGAAAUAUCAAAUUAAGUAAUUGUUGUUAACAGGGGCAGUCCCAGGGUAUUUUGAGGGGGGGGGGGAGGCGUCUGAAGAGCAACAUUUUUUUGUAUCACCUGGAUAGCAGAGUGAGACUAUAGGCGCCGCUUUUACGACGGCGGCGUCACAUUAAAUCUUAACCGAAGUUUAAGUUUUUGAAAUGGCAUCAUAAAUUAGAAAGUUUAAAAGCCUUAGCACAUUCCGUCCAUUUUAUCUAAGAAAUGUUUGAGUGUAAUAUGUAAAUGAAGGAAUUAUUAAACACACAUUUCUUUCAGAAUU